GAACGGAGGUAGAACUCGCGUUCGUAACUCGGAGACCGCUGUAAGAUCCCAUAUUUCAAGGUGCAUCAAGGGAGUCUAUACAGUGACUAUGUGACAUCCAUAUCCUAGGGCAAAGAAUCCAUUGUCUACAAUGGAGUCCUUAUCCACCCUAGCAAACAUGUUGCCCUCGACGACCAACAUUCCGUUGCCCCUGUCGGACAUACUGUGGAUGGUCAUCCUUGGUUUUGUUAUCUCCUUUAUCUUGUCUAUCGCCAUCGGUGCUAAUGAUGUGGCCAACUCAUUUGGGACGUCUGUGGGUGCAAAGGUACUGACACUACAUCAAGCCUUGUUCUUUGCAACCAUCUUUGAGACACUUGGUGCUGUGCUCAUGGGGUCGAAGGUCGCCCAAACCAUUCAGAAAGGAAUAUUCAAUGUUGAGAUGUACAUUGGAAGGGAGGAGACGCUGGUUUUAGGUGAAAUAUCUGCUCUUGCAGGAUGUGCAGUGUGGCUAUUUAUUGCAACAGCCUUUAAAAUGCCAGUCUCAACAACGCACAGCAUUGUGGGAGCUACGCUGGGUUUCCAUUUUGUUGUCUUUGGUAUUGAGGGCAUUCAGUGGCUUCAAGUUGGCUUGAUAGUUAUAUCCUGGAUAACAUCACCAGUUUUAUCAGGUAUUUUUUCUUCACUCAUCUUUUUCAUCCUGAGAUACUUCAUUCUGAGAAAGAAAGAACCUCUGGAGCCUGGUCUUAGAUUGUUGCCAAUUUGGUAUGGCUUAGUGAUCAUCGUCAACUUCUUCUCCAUAUUUUAUGAUGGACCAACGACCCUAGGUUUUGAUCGCAUACCUCUGUGGGGAACCUUUCUGCUUAGCUUUGGAUCUGGUAUCCUCGUCGGACUGGCUGUCUGGUUUAUUAUGGUUCCGUAUAUCAGGAGAAAGAUAAUAGGAAUGAGCAGCCAGGAAGAGAACCGAGCAGAGGAGACGCAAUCAGUUUUUAAGGAGAAGAGGAGGUAUACUUGCCACGACAACAAGACCGACAAAGUCAGUUUGAUAACUGGAGCUGAGCCAAUAUCAGCAGUUGAUGACAAAGCCAGCGAGGACUUAGCAAAUGAAAAUUGUGUGGAAGCGGAAAGAAAAGAUACCGAAAGGACAAGAAUGGAAGAUGGAGAUAGACGACAGAAUGAAAGCGGGGCAGAUGGAGAUGAUACGUCAGGUAGAGGCACAUCGGUACUGUCUGAAGAGGUACGAGAUCAUCCCCAUGUGACUGUCCUUUGCUCCCCUUUACAAGUCUUGUCAGCCAUCUUUGCCAGCUUUGCACAUGGAGGAAACGAUGUAAGUAACGCCAUUGGCCCGCUGAUAGCUAUCUGGUUGAUCUACCGGACCGGGGACAUUGCCCAGGAUGAACCCACGCCUCUCUGGGUGCUAUUCUACGGAGCCUUGGGCAUCUCUCUAGGACUAUGGUUACUAGGGCGUCGGGUGAUCCAGACGGUGGGAGAAGACAUCACUACACUAACGCCAUCAAGUGGCUUUUCGGUGGAGCUUGGUGCUGCCAUGACGGUGCUGCUGGCAUCCAACGUGGGCAUCCCGAUCAGCACGACCCACUGCAAGAUCGGAUCCGUGGUAUCUGUCGGCUGGUUACGAUCGAGAGAAGCGGUCAACUGGUCACUCUUUGGCACCAUUGUCCUGGCCUGGGGGGUGACCCUUCCGGCUACGAUGGGUCUGUCUGCGGCCAUCAUGGCCCUCCUGCAGCUUGCGUAUUAAAGAGAAGGUUGAGUUCUGGGAAGAGGUGAAAAAUAAUUUGUGAGCGUUAUCAUUCUUAUGAUGCAAGUGUGGAAGAACAUCAGAUAAGACAUGUUCCCUGAAAAGCAUGGCUCUUCAAAUGCCUUCAUAUUCUAAAUAUGUCAUGUAACAUCGUACAAAUCCGGGUAGGAUUUGUACGCCACGUGUUUGUGUAAGUCCCAUAUACAUCUUUCUGUGUACAGUGUUUGUAACUUUACCAAGUCUUGGCCAAA